AAUGGGAGCAGGAAGAGCUCUGUUAGUUAGCCGACUCAGCGACGAGGUUAUAGCAGUUUGACGACGCUUCUUUGAAUUACAAAGUGCGUCUAUAAAUCUUAAUUGUCAAGUCCAAAUGACACCAAAAACAUGACUUUAUAAUAAAGGUCUGUCCUAAGAGGCAGGUAUCAGUCUGAUGAGGGGACACCUACAGCUGGCAGGAUGCAGCAGAAAAGGAAUAUCCAGAUCAUAGAGUGGGAGGACCUUGACAAGAGGAAGUUCUACUCUUUUGGGGUGUUCAUGACAAUGACUAUCCGGGCCACUGUCUACCCAGCCACGCUGAUCCGCACUCGGUUGCAAGUACAAAGGGGGAAAUCGCUCUACAGUGGCACCUUUGAUGCUUUCUUCAAGAUUUUGCGGGCAGAGGGUAUACAAGGCCUGUAUCGCGGCUUCAUGGUUAACACCUUCACACUCAUCUCAGGCCAGGCAUACAUAACCACCUACGAGCUAGUGAGGAAGUAUGUUUCCCAAUAUUCUGAAGACAAUACAGUCAAGUCGCUGGUGGCAGGCGGCUCGGCCUCCCUGGUUGCUCAGAGCAUCACUGUCCCCAUCGAUGUUGUGUCUCAGCAACUGAUGAUGCAGGGUCAAGGACAGCACCUCACGCGCUUUCGCCUCAGUUCUAGUUCUGAGACUGGAAAGCCUAAAAAAAUGAUCGGCCAAACCAGGAACAUUAUAGCUCAGAUUUUUGCUGCAGAUGGCUUCCGGGGCUUCUACAGGGGAUAUGUGGCUUCUUUACUCACUUACAUCCCAAACAGUGCUGUCUGGUGGCCUUUCUAUCACUUCUAUGCCGAGCAACUCUCCAAACUGGCUCCCAGUGACUGCCCUCAUCUGGUCCUUCAAGCCAUGGCAGGACCACUAGCUGCUGCUACUGCCUCAACUGUAACCAACCCAAUGGAUGUGGUCAGAGCCAGAGUACAGGUUGAAGGAAGGACCUCAGUCAUCGAAACGUUCAGGCAGCUGAUCAAAGAGGAAGGCUUCUGGGGAUUGACCAAAGGACUGUCGGCACGCAUCAUUUCAUCUACACCCACCGCCAUUGUCAUGGUGGUCGGCUAUGAAACACUGAAAAAACUGAGUUUGCGCCCUGAGCUGGUGGAUUCGAGGCACUGGUAAGAAGAAACCUGGACAGUGUACGGACCAUGUGCCAUUUUUAGCCCCUCAUUCAUAACUUCAUGUGAAAGUACAGGAUGAAAUUAAGGUUCAUCUCAAGUACAAGAUAAUCUGGGAACAACAUAGAGCCAGCUGUUUAAAACAGUAAAAUUUAAACAUCAAAAACCACAAGUUAAGACCUUCAUUCAACCAUCCAGCUUAGCUUGAUAUUCACAAGUUAACUGGUGAUGAAAAUCUACAACCAUUUUUAGUUAGUGAAGCUUUGCUGCUGUUUGUUGCAGAAACGUGGCGGAGCAGUGUUGUUUUUAACAACAGCAGAUGCAGACAAACUGACGCACACUUUGAUUUGUUUGAUAUAUUUGGCCAUUGAUUGUUUCCAGUUAUGUUCAGGCACCUUUGUGUUGGAGGAAAGUGGAAGUGAUGAUCUUGGUGGUUGGUGUUAUGCAACUCAUCACAACACAUCUGUAAGCAGUAAACAAAUCUUGCUUAUUUUAUCUUAUGUUUGGUAAACUGGCUUCUGUCACUCUCUUUUUUUUUUUUUUUUUAAACGUCAACAUUUUGUGUAGUCAAGACAACAACUUGGUUUUUAAGUGGCAAGAAAUAAAAAGCCUUAAAGGAUAUCUUAAAAGUUUUAAUGUUGAUUUGAACAUUUUCUGUUUGCCACAAAUUCAAUGCAAACCGUUACACAUGAAAUAUUUUAUCCACAUUUAUCUGAUACACUAGUUUAAAGUCUUAUUGAUGUUGUAUAAAACACUGCAGUGAUCAUGCUGGCAAAUUAAUGGCUGAUGUAGUGUGUUGGUAACUAACAAAAAGGUGGGUUUAUUUUAAAUAUUUCCAUUGAGCUCGAGUCUUUGUUGAAACCUGCAAGGCACCUGUGACUUCAGAGCAGUAAGCAGAGCAAACACUGUUUCCUUGUGACAGUACGUCUGAGUGCAAUAAUGUUUAAUCCUUUCCUGCACAAAAUGUGAUUGAAUAUUUCCUGCUUGUUGUGUGCAUAACGUCUUCAUAGAAGUUCACUGUACCUAACUUAUUUGUUUUUGCUCUGUGGGUUUUCUUCAGGUGUUUUGGGAACCAUAGAUGUGACUCAUUGCUAUAAUUUAUGUUUCAUUUUGUGAAGAUAAAAAAAAAACUGAGUACUGUGGUUCAUUAAAUUUGCUUUUGUAUGAGUGUUUUAAUGGCUUUAUAAUGGCUUUAUAAGCAAGGAAAAAAACACAAUAUUUUAAUCAGACAGAUUCUCGUUUUGUAGAAGGGAUCAUAUUUUUAUGUGCAACAUUAGAUGUCAGUCUUUUAAAGCAGAAAAAGAGGGAAAGAUAUGGGUGGCUUUAGCUUGACUGGAGGCCUGCAAGUCUGUUUAGAUGAAGCCACGGCUGUUUGUUUUGAUGUCAACUUCAAGUUUUUUUAAGACCACAUCAAGAUGUGACCUGAUGAACCUCUAAAACCUGCAGGCCUCGUAGGAGAGAAGCUUCUGUAUAAAGAUUGAGACAAUCUUUCAAUUUAUUUAUUUUUUUUUUUUGCACAGCUGUCAGUUUCUCUAAAAGUAUUUUUAUUUCUGAGUGACCAGUCCUCUGUUGUAAAUCUGAUCUGUCAGAUACAGAAUACACGUAAUUUAACUAAUGUUAUUGUGUGGUCAGGUGUUUGGUCAUUAAAACAUAAACUGCUAA